AACCAAGUAGUAUUCCUUUGCUCGCCUAUAAAUAGGACUAAGGUGUGGCAGCUAGCUCGGCAUCAUCAAGAAGUGAGUGAGCUCACAAACGAUCUAAGCCAAGCAGUCACAGUAUCCUAAGUUCCUAACCACCAGCAUGUCGAUGAUCACCAGCAUGCUGACCGGACGCAAGCAGCAGCAGAGCCAGAAGCCGCAGGGCGGCACGCGCACCGGCGGCGGCGGCGCGGAGGUCGUUGAGCCGGUGAGCAUCGACAUCCUGGAGCCGUUCGUGGACGCCAUCUCGCUGACGGCGUUCGCGGCGCCGGCGCAGGGGCUGCCGACGUUCGCGACGGCGAGCAUGGACUGGAAGGAGACGCCGACGGCGCACGUGUUCAUGGCGGACCUCCCCGGGGUGCGCCGCGACGAGGUGAAGGUGGAGGUGGAGGAGGAGAAGGUGCUCAAGAUCAGCGGGCAGCGGCAGCGCGCCGCCGAGGACAAGGGCGACCGGUGGCACCGCGUCGAGCGGAGCUCCGAGCGCUUCGUGCGCACCGUGCGGCUGCCGCCCAACGCCAACACCGACACCGUCCACGCCACGCUCGAGAACGGCGUGCUCACCGUCACCGUGCCCAAGGACAACGAACGCAAGGCCUACGGCCGCCUCAUCCCCAUCGCCAACUAGCUCUCUCGACCGAUUGAUAACUCGACCCAUCAAUCGGCGAUAUGGAUUAUUCAUGAUCACUACUUACCAUAAUACAGUGCAUGAUAGCGUCCGAUCAAAAUAUGUGUGUGUGUGUGUCUCAGUGUUGAAGCAUGCCUAUGUUCUUGCUUGGUUGACCAAGUGGUAGUAAAAGCACAUCUAGAUAUGUAUGCAUACGUAGAGAGGAUCAAUAAUAAAUGACUUGCACUGUUGCAUGGUAUGGAUGCAUAUGGUGCUCGUCACCACUUCAUCCAACUUGCAUGGUGAAAGUCUUUUGUGCCAUAAUUCAGGGAAUAAAUUUGAGUUUUCUAUA